UGGAGGCAGCGGACUGAAACUCUAGGCCUAGUGGGGGCGGGCGGGACGGAAAGCGCUUCAGAAGACUGGCGGCAGGUCGGAGCCCAGAGCCCUGCGCUAGCAGAUAGCGUGGGUGUGGCCCUUAUCCACCUCCCAGCCCCCGCCCCUGGGACGCCGGCGGCAUGAUGUGUUGAGACCUCUGUCUCCUCCUUUCCCCUCAUUUUUCUCGUUCUUCUCGUGGGUGAGUCCUAGGCCCUGGGCGGGGACCUCACAGUUCCACCACCCCAUCCGCGGGCUCGGCCUUAGUUUCCCCUAAAGCAGCGAAUGGCCGGGGGUGGAACGCGGAACCCGCAGGUCUUCUGGAGAGCAGGGUGCUUCUGGUCAGCCUGUCCGUAUCGCCUCCACACCCGCAGGCUUCACCAUGGGCCGGACCGUGGUCGUGCUGGGCGGAGGGAUCAGCGGCUUGGCCGCUAGUUACCACCUGAGCCGGGCCCCUUGUCCCCCCAAGGUGAGUGCCCCCACUCCGUGCCAGAGGGAGCCUCCUUUAAUACUCCUGUCCCAUUUCCAGCAAGAGGGAAUGCGCCGCCCCAUUCCCCUCCUGACCUUUUACGCCGCCGCGGCCGCGGCCGCGGCUAUAGGCCGCAGUGUCUCCCUCUUGUCCCCAGGUGGUAUUGGUGGAGGGCAGCGAGCGCCUGGGAGGCUGGAUCCGCUCGGUACGAGGGCCAGAUGGUGCUGUCUUUGAACUUGGACCUCGAGGAAUUCGGCCGGCGGGAGUCCUGGGAGCCCGGACCCUGCUCAUGGACGUGUGGAGCAGGUUUCCGAGCUUGGCUUGGACUCAGAAGUGUUGCCUGUCCGGGGAGACCAUGCAGCUGCCCAGAAUAGGUUCCUGUAUGUAGGUGGCGCCCUGCACGCCCUGCCCUCUGGCAUCAGGGGGCUACUCCGCCCUUCACCUCCCUUCUCCAAACCUCUGUUUUGGGCUGGGCUGAAGGAGUUGACUACGCCCCGGGGCAAAGACCCUGAUGAGACUGUGCACAGUUUCGCCCAGCGCCGCCUUGGUCCUGAGUCUCACCCUUAAGGUGGCGUCUCUAGCCAUGGACAGUCUUUGCCGUGGAGUGUUUGCAGGCAACAGCCGUGAGCUCAGCAUCAGGUCCUGCUUUCCCAGUCUCUUCCAAGCUGAGCAAACCCAUCGAUCCAUAUUAUUGGGGCUGCUGCUGGGGGCAGGGCGGGGCCCACAGCCAGACUCAGCACUUAUUCGCCAGGCUCGGGCUGAGCGCUGGAGCCAGUGGUCACUCCGUGGAGGGCUGGAGACAUUGCCUCAGGCCCUUAACACCCACCUGACUAGUAGGGGUGUCAGUGUUCUCAGAGGCCAGCCAGUCUGUGGGCUCAGCCUCGAAGCAGAAGGGUGCUGGAAGGUGUCUCUAGGGGACAGCAACCUGGAGGCUGACCACAUUAUUAGUGCCAUUCCAGCUUCAGUGCUCAGCAAGCUGCUCCCUGCUGAGGCGGCACCGCUGGCUCGUGCUCUGAGUACCAUCACUGCUGUGUCUGUGGCUGUGGUGAAUCUGCAGUACCGAGGAGCUCGUCUGCCUGUCCAGGGAUUUGGACAUUUGGUGCCAUCCUCAGAAGACCCAGGCAUCCUGGGAAUCGUGUAUGACUCAGUUGCUUUCCCUGAGCAGGAUGGGAGUCCCCCUGGCCUCAGAGUGACUGUGAUGUUGGGAGGUUCCUGGUUACGGACAUUAGAAGCCAGGGGCAGUGUCUUAUCUCAGGAGCUGUUCCAAAAGGAGGCAGAGAAAGCAGCUGCCACUCAGUUAGGACUGAAGGAGCCACCAAGUCACUGCUUGGUCCAUCUACACAAGAACUGUAUCCCCCAGUAUACUUUAGGCCACUGGCAAAAAUUGGAGUCAGCUACCCAAUUCCUGGCUGCUCAGAAGCUGCCUUUGACUCUGGCCGGAGCCUCGUAUGAGGGGGUUGCUGUCAAUGAUUGUAUAGAGAGUGGGCGCCAGGCAGCAGCCCGUGUCCUGGGCACAGAACCUAACAGUUGAUCCUCAAACCCCACUUCUUCCUGCCCCUGCUCACAGGGGUUCUCUCACCCAUGAAAAUAAAAGAUGCUGGAGCGUG